CUAUAAUUACUAUUUGUAUUCUUUCAUUUAGCGAACUUGCAAGUUGGCAUGCAGUUGCCAUGGAACUUCCUUCCUUCAAUUACUUUAAAUUCAAAACUUCCAAACUUAUGUCAUAUUAUAAAUACCCUUACACGAUAUAAAUCACCUCAUCAACUUCGCACCAUAAAACUCAUUAUUAGUUCUCUAUCUGUUUUAUCAUGUCGACAGAACCUCAAUCACCUUUGCAACCACCAAGAUAUCGAAACCUAAUCACCAUUCUUAGUAUCGAUGGAGGUGGAGUACGAGGCAUCAUUCCAAGUGUCAUCCUUGAAUUUUUGGAAACUGAGCUACAGAAAUUAGACGGUAAGAAUGCACGACUGGCAGAUUAUUUUGAUGUGAUAGCCGGGACAAGCACUGGUGGUCUGGUGACGGCUAUGUUAGCUACUCCCGGUGUAGAUAAUCGACCAAUUUUUGCAGCUAAGGAUAUUAAAGAUUUUUAUCUUCAUCAUUGUCCUAAAAUCUUUCCACCACGUGAUAGCAGACACCGUCGGUUCAGUGCUUUAAAAAAAGCGACCAACGCUCUAUGUGGACCAAAAUAUGAUGGUGAACACCUACAUAAAGUUAUUCGAGAAACACUAAAAGAAAAACAAAUUCACGAAACGUUAACAAAUGUCGUGAUUCCAACGUUUGACAUAAAAUGUUUGCAGCCUAUGAUCUUCUCAAGCUUCCAGAGGCCCAAUGCCAAGUUAUCCCCCAAGUUAUCCGAUAUAUGCAUUGGAACAUCAGCUGCCCCAACUUAUCUUCCUUCAUAUAAAUUCCAUACAAAAGAAUAUGAAGGAAAAACUAAAGAAUUCAAUCUUAUCGAUGGUGGAAUAGCAGCCAACAAUCCGACUUUGGUUGCCAUAAGCGAAGUAACAAAUGAAAUAAAUAGAGGCAAUUCAAACUUUGACCCAAUAAAUGCAACAGAAUAUGGAAGAUUUCUAGUAUUGUCAUUGGGCACUGGGUCACCAGAUGUUCAAGAAAAGUAUGAUGCUACUAAGUCAUCAAGAUGGGGGGUUUUGGGGUGGCUGAAGAGUGGUGACUCAAUCCCAUUGGUGGAGGUAUUUACUCAGGCGAGUGACGAUAUGGUUGACUAUCAUAUCUAUAGUGUCUUUCAAGCCCUUCAUUCACAAGAUAAAUAUCUUCGUAUUCAGGAUGACAGUUUAAGCGGGGAUUUAAUUUCUUUGGAUUUGGCAACACAAGAAAACUUACAAAAUCUUGUGAAAGUGGGACAAAAAUUGUUGAAAACCCCAGUGAAGAGAGUGAACUUGGACACGGGCAAACAUGAGCCUGACCCUUCUUACGAUAUCACCAACGAGACGGCAUUAAUAAAUCUUGCGAAAACACUCCACCAGGAGAAGAAGAAACGUGAACAAAGAUCACCUAUCUACUAAUAGAGGAAGAAUUACACAAGACGAGUCGGUGAAAGAACAAAUUGCAAUUUCACAAAAAACACCAACGCUCUCAAAGGCAAUUGAUCACUCUAGUUAAAAUUUAUAUGAGCCCAACCCAAACUAAGAUUUUCUUUCUUGUUUAUGGAUUUACAUGGUUUAUUCUAAAUGAAGUUCGUAGUUAUGUUGUUUAGUUGAAAAUUUAAUUAAUCGAUGUAAUACUUUCAGUUUUCUACUAAUUCAAGCAUAUAAAUAAUAAAUUAAAACCACUUGGUGUAUUUCCUAAAUAGAAAAUGUACAAUAAACGAGGGGUAUGAUCAAACCAAUUAAAUUGAUGAUUGUUGGUUAAUUGAUUUUGAUCCAUAGGUUUAAUAUGAAAUUCUCUAUCUUUUUAGGAAAGUUUAUUUUUAUGUGUUUCAUUUGUGUUUGAGUAUGAC